AAAAUGAGCAGCAGAGGAAGAGGAGGCAAAGGACUCGGAAAAGGAGGCGCCAAGUGUCACUGUAAAGUUCUCCGUGAUAACACCACAGGAAAUCUGGCUCGCCAUGGUGGUGUGAAGCGUAUCUCCGGUCUGAUCUACGAGGAGACCUGUGGUGUGCUGAAGGUGUUCUUGGAGAUCACGUGUGUUGCCAUCACCUACACCGAGCACGCCAAGAGGAAGACUGUGACUGCCAUGGACGUGGUUUACGCUCUUAAGAGACAGGGCCAUACUCUGUGCAGCUGCGGAGGUUAA